AUGGCUACGCCGAUAGUGGACACCCAAGAAUUGCGCAUCAAGCUCACCAAAGCUGUCGCGCAAAAGCGAGAUGCAGAGGUACAAAGACUUCUGCAUGAUAGCGUCUCCAGUGGCAUCGGACACGAAAAUGACCUGCACACGAUCCUUGCCAAAGCUAUCAGCAUCGGCUACGAGACUGGUGUCAGGCUGUUGCUAGAAGCUGGCGCCAGGUUCGAUGCGGGUGGCAGCAGAGGUCCGCUGCACAGCGCUAUUGCCAAUACCAAUGACAAAACCAGGAAUGCCAUCAUCAAUCUGCUCCUUAAUCACGGAUGCGAACUCGAGGCCAAGGAUGCGGAUGGGAGAACGCCGCUUGUCUACGCUUGUCUACGCGGGCACAACGAUGUCAUGAUUACUCUGCUUGAGCGCGGAGCGGAUCCAAAUAUCGAAGACCAUGCCGGCAAGAAUACAUUGCAAAUCAUGGCCUCAGAGUCGAAGCGAAACACCGCAUGGAGUGCCAAAGCCUUGUCGACGCUUCUGUCCAAGAUCAAAAACCUCAACAAAAGAGAUAGCCAAGGUCGAGAAGGUCGGACGCCUCUUCUUUGGGCAGCGGCAAAAGGCCAAUUGGCCUUGGUCGGAGCAUUGCUGCGCAUAGGCGUCGGUGUGGUCGACGUCAACCAAACCAACGAUCAGGGGCAUUCGGCCCUCCACCUGGCGGCUAGGCAUGAUGAGCCUGAAAUGAUCAAACUCCUCGUCUUUUCUGGGGCAAAGAUCGAAGCGAGAGGUGACGGUGAUUGGACUCCUCUACUUUGGGCGGCAAAAGAAGGAAACGAAAGUGCUAUUGACGCCCUGCUAACCUCCAAUGCCAAUGUCAAUGCUCGAACGUCGUCCGGGAUGACCUCCCUCCACUGGGCGGCAGAGAGCGGGAAGCUGAGUGCCGUCAAGCGCAUCUUGAGGGAGCGUAACGCCCACAAGAACAGUAAGGAUAGCUUCGACAGCACCCCUCUCAUCCGUGCAGCGCAGAAUGGCCAUUGGGAUAUUGUGAAGGAACUUCGACCGUAUGUGCUGGAAGCCCCCGCAAACCGCAUCGCCAAAAAGGCUUGCGAGCGCUUCCGAGCCGCAGUGGUCAAUUUCUUCGAAGACAAGGAUUCUCACAGUGGUAUCAAGAACAAGGUCAAUAAGAAUACCGUUUGGCAAAUCCUCUACGCUCGCGACGAUAGAGACCCGGAAAAGUUUGCUAUCCCCACCAACUUGGAUACGAAGGGGGCGAAGAAGCCACUGUUUCGCUGGAUCCAUCUGCCAGCCAAUAACCUCUCGUGGCUUGAGGCUCUGCUUACAAAAUGGUACUUAGAAGGAGAUUGCAGAGAUGUGACCGCGUUGAAGACUCUGCUUCAGCUACUUGGACGACAACAACAUCGAGGCGCUGAGGUCCAUUCACGGUUCAUGCGACCGACUUGCAAGCGUUUGUGGGUGCCUCCGAAACGAGCGACGGAAGCAGGACACCCAGCAUCGUGCAAACCCGCAGAGCCGUCGGUGGUACUCCCUGUCCGACAAGACGAAGAGGUGAUGGUCUUGCUGAUGCCAUAUCUUCAUUGGGAGACAGACAAAAACAGAGCAUCACUGACCCAGACCAUACGCGAGCCGGCGGAGAGCACGCAUGCUCUUGACGACUCGGAGUUAUCCAGUGUUGUCAAGGACAGACUUCUUAUCCACGGCUACAUGGGAGACUCGACGGAUCUUCAUCCUCGUCGGACACUAGAUCAAUUCAAGCAUCACAGCUCGCGGACCGAUCAUCAAGACGCUGACCAGGUUGUGUAUCGAUUCUGCAAGAAAAAAGGGACAAAACUUAAGAUUUUCAUGGUCGACCAGUUGUGGCUGAUCACCUUUGGCAAUCUACUCAUUUCGUGCUUUCCAGAGCGAUGGCGCCAACCACACCGGGAUCCUCUAAAUCUAUUCGAGGGCGUUGUCGAGGAUAUCAACUCCACUACCCGCCCUCCUGUCAGGAAUGUCUUUGAACUGGCCACCGUCAUCACAGAGCGAUGUACAGGCCUUUUUGAUCGACAGUACUGGGACAAUGGCGACCGACCGGACAGUAACGAUAUGCAGCACAGCGAUGAUCUGUUGUUCGCUGAGAUGUUUCAACUGAGCAUUGGACGGCUGACGAGGAAAGAGACCAAGCUCUUCCGGUGCUUUCGAGAAGCGUCUUCUCUCUGGCUCAGAGGUUAUGAUAGUGGCAACAUCCCCUGGGAGUCUCAACAGGGGAUGCUCGAGAAUGACUACUCCUCGGGCUGGUCAUCCGAUGAGCACCAAGAAGCCGGCGAUACUACGAAUGACAGCCUGGAUACGUUACAUGAUCACCGCCAGGCAUCCGACUCCUUCGUGAAUGAUCUGUUGAACAUAGACAAAGAAGCGUCUCUUCUGGUGGAAUGUAAGGACGUUGAAGACGAAUUGGAAAUCCUCACGAGCGUUCUUCGACAGCAAAGGCAAGUGCUAGGUGACCUGGACGCGACUCUCCGUGCCUCCAAGAAUGUGUCCGAGUCUAAUCAAUUCGACCUCUUCAACAAAGUUGGCGAGCAGCAACGACUGGUUGAUCUGGAUCUUCAGGAUCUCGAUCGCAUGGCCCGGCAAGCCAGAAGUGUCAACGACAAUUUGACCCAAGUCCUGGACCUCAAGCAGAAGCACGCUAAUGCUGUUGAGGCGAGGGCUCAGCGAAAGCAGGCCGAAGAGGCGGCAAGACAGGGACAGACCAUCAUGGUCUUCACCAUUGUUACGAUUGUUUUCCUCCCACUAAGCUUUCUCGCGAGCUUUUUUGCGAUCGAUAUCAUUGAGUUUCCUCGCCCUGCCGGAACUGGUUCUGGAUUACUACACUUGAACUGGGUACUCCAGUAUAUCAUCGGCAUAGGUCUGGCUCUCAGCGUGCCGUUGAUUGGAGUGGCCUUUGUCGUUGGGGACAUCAAAACUUGGUGGCUCAAGAGAGAGCCACGGAAGCAUCGUCGGAGAAAAGGGAAGCACGAUAGGAGGCGCAUAUCUCACCCAGACACUGAAUCCGAUGUUAUUGUCGAGAAAAACAGCCCCGCUAGCUGGACCAAUAGAUUCAUCCGGAGGCGCAGGCGAGUCGCACCCUCGCACUACCAAGACUCUGGCGCCGUGCUGCCCACGUUGGGUUACGGGGCUCCGGGCCGUCUGGAUGAUUAUAAAGAGCGGGUCGUUGAGCAGACAUGGGCGAGACGCCGUACGAACCUCAGCGGAGUCCAGCAUAAGAACAUGCAGCCACCGACCAUGGUACCAGCUCACGUCCAAACAGGCCGGCAACCGAUGUCGUCAAUGGAUUCGUCCAGGCGAGGAGGGCCUCGAUAUUCGCGUCGGUUGGGCCGUGUAGGAACGGAGAUGACGGAGCGGUCAGCCGCGACCGAAGAUCUCGAAGUCGGCAAUGGAUUUGGCUUCUAA